CCGCCGCUGCCGCCGCGUCCCAUUCAUGAGGGCCGCCCGGCUCGGCUGCGGCCCAGGCGGCUCCCGAGGCAGCGGCGGCGGCGGGCGCCUGGGCCUCGCGCGCGUCCUCGCACGGCCCCGCCCCCUCAGCCUCCGACGAGCCCGCCUUGCGAGGCCGGUCCUCACCGUCGCCGUCCAGCCACCGCCUCCCGUCGGCCGCCCGCGGGCGCCGUUGCGGGUUGGGAGCUGAGCCACCGCAGUUUCAAACCAUGAAUUAUGUGGGACAGCUGGCUGGGCAGGUGAUUGUCACUGUGAAGGAACUCUACAAGGGCAUUAACCAAGCUACUUUGUCUGGCUGCAUCGAUGUCAUUGUGGUGCGACAGCAGGAUGGCACCUAUCAGUGUUCGCCUUUUCACGUUCGAUUUGGGAAGCUGGGAGUCCUGAGAUCCAAAGAGAAAGUGAUUGAUAUAGAAAUCAAUGGCGAUGCAGUGGAUCUUCACAUGAAAUUGGGUGACAAUGGGGAAGCUUUCUUUGUGGAGGAGACUGAAGAGGAGUAUGAAAAGCUUCCUGCCUACCUUGCCACCUCACCAAUUCCUACUGAAGAUCAGUUCUUUAAAGAUAUCGAUACUCCUUUGAUGAAAUCUGGUGGAAAUGAAAGACCAUCUCAGAGUUCAGACAUCUCCCACAUGUUGGAAACGGAAACAGUUUUCACUUCAAGUUCUGUGAAAAAGAAAAAACGAAGGAGAAAGAAAUGCAAACAGGACAGUAAGAAGGAAGACCAGACCGCUUCUCCUGCUGCAGAAGAUACCGUGGAUGUGGAAAUGAGCUCUGACGAUGACAAGGGGGCCCAGUCAGCAAGAGGAUCUUCAAAUGCUUCCUUAAAGGAAGAUGAAUUUAAGGAGCCUUUGCUCUUCCAUUCUGGGGACCAUUACCCCUUAUCUGAUGGAGACUGGUCCCCUUUAGACAACCCCUAUUCCCCAACAGCAGUGUGUCCUAAGAGUGAUUCAGAGCUGGAGGUGAAACCUGCCGAGAGCCUGCUCAGAUCGGAGUCCCACAUGGAGUGGACGUGGGGAGGGUUCCCAGAGUCCACCAAGGUCAGCAAAAGAGAGAGAUCUGAUCAUCAUCCUAGGACAGCUACAAUUACACCAUCAGAAAAUACCCACUUUCGGGUAAUUCCCAGUGAGGAGAACCUCAUAAGUGAAGUUGAAAAAGAUGCUUCCAUGGGAGAAACGGUCUGUACCAUAGUGAAACCCAAACCCAGAGCCCCGUGUAAGCAGAUGAGCAGUGCAACUUCUGCUGCAGAACUUCUCGAACCUCCCCUGGAGCCUCCUCAGAUUUCAUCUAUGUUAGAUGCAGACCACCUUCCUAAUCCAUCAUUAGUGGAGGCUACCUCAGAAUCAAAACCUGCAGCUAAAGUAGACUCACCAUCAAAGAAGAAAGGUGUCCACAAGAGAAGCCAACACCAAGGACCUGAUGAUAUUUACCUGGAUGACUUAAAGGCUCUAGAACCUGAAGUUGCAGCCCUCUACUUCCCUAAAAGUGAAUCGGACCCUGGCUCCCGGCAGUGGCCUGAGUCUGACACGCUCUCUGGCUCCCAGUCCCCACAGUCCGUUGGAAGUGCGGCUGCAGAUAGCGGCACCGAGUGCCUCUCAGAUUCUGCCAUGGACUUGCCUGAUGUCACCCUCUCUCUUUGUGGGGGUCUCAGUGAGAACGGAGAAAUUUCCAAAGAAAAAUUCAUGGAGCAUAUCAUUACUUAUCAUGAAUUUGCAGAAAACCCUGGACUUAUAGACAAUCCUAACCUUGUAAUACGGAUCUAUAACCGUUACUAUAACUGGGCUUUGGCUGCUCCCAUGAUCCUUAGCUUGCAAGUAUUCCAGAAGAGUCUGCCGAAGGCCACAGUCGAGUCCUGGGUCAAAGAUAAGAUGCCAAAGAAAUCUGGUCGCUGGUGGUUUUGGCGUAAGAGAGAAAGCAUGACCAAACAGCUGCCAGAGGCCAAGGAAGGAAAAUCCGAGGUACCACCAACCAGUGACCUGCCAUCAAGUGCAAAGGAGCCAGCCAGUGGCAGGCCGGCUGAGGAUGACUCAUCCAGUGAUGAAGGGUCACAGGAGCUCGAAGAAUCCAUCAAAGUGGACCCUGUUCCCACAGAGCCCCCAAGCCAUGGCAGCACAACCUCCUAUAAAAAGUCUCUUCGACUCUCUUCAGACCAAAUUGCAAAACUGAAGCUCCAAGAUGGCCCAAAUGAUGUUGUGUUUAGUAUUACAACCCAAUAUCAAGGUACCUGCCGCUGUGCAGGGACCAUUUACCUGUGGAACUGGAAUGACAAGAUCAUCAUCUCUGAUAUUGACGGAACAAUAACCAAGUCUGAUGCUUUGGGGCAGAUUCUUCCACAGCUGGGUAAAGACUGGACUCAUCAGGGUAUAGCAAAGCUCUACCAUUCCAUCAAUGAGAAUGGCUACAAGUUUCUGUAUUGCUCCGCCCGUGCCAUCGGCAUGGCCGACAUGACCCGUGGCUACCUGCACUGGGUCAAUGACAAGGGCACAAUCUUGCCUCGGGGCCCUCUGAUGUUAUCCCCUAGCAGCUUGUUCUCUGCCUUCCACAGGGAAGUGAUAGAAAAGAAACCAGAGAAAUUCAAAAUAGAGUGUCUAAAUGAUAUCAAGAAUCUGUUUGCCCCCUCUAAGCAGCCCUUCUAUGCCGCCUUUGGAAACCGUCCAAAUGAUGUCUAUGCUUACACGCAAGUUGGAGUUCCAGACUGCAGAAUAUUCACCGUGAACCCCAAGGGUGAAUUAAUACAAGAAAGGACCAAAGGAAACAAGUCAUCGUAUCACAGACUGAGCGAGCUCGUGGAGCACGUGUUCCCACUUCUCAAUAAGGAACAGAAUUCUGCCUUUCCGUGCCCAGAGUUCAGCUCCUUCUGCUACUGGCGAGACCCCAUCCCCAAAGUGGACCUGGACGACCUGGCGUGAAAUGGCACCUCCAGGGGCGAUCCUCCGUCACUCGCCUCGCAGCAAGGGAAGGUGACCAGCACUUCUGCUGGACAGAGGACACUGGGCUACCCUCCAAGCCACAGGUGCAGAAUGGGACUCAAUGCUGACAGCCAGGCACCAGCAGGCACAGGGAGAGCUCCUGAAGUUGGAACUGCUGUCAUCCUUCCCCUUCCUAGGCCUGGCAGAGCUGUGGCUCAGUGCCCUGGGCAAGCGGGCAGGGGAGGACUCGGACCUGACCUUGGAGGCCUGGGCUCCUAUCACUGGUCGUCCUCAUACACGCGCUGUGUCAAGUGUGUGCUGGUGCUUCUUUAACUGAAUAAUUUAAAAGGAAGAAAAAAGAAGCUAAAUAAGAGUGGACCAAAACAUGUAUAAAGUAAAAGUGUUAUCGUUUCCACUGGGCAGUUGAGAGCGUUUCUCUCUAAAACCAGGGCUUUCUUUAUGGGAUCAGGGUCCACUGAGCUGCCAAAGGUCCAGUUAGUGAUUGAUGUUGGUUCACACCGCCUAUGCACAUUUCUUCUGUGGGCGCCUCCUUCCCUCCUGUGGUGAGACAAGACACCUGCUCAGGCGGGCUGCUCUGGACAGGGGCCCAGGCCACCGUCCCAGCCCCACAGAUGUGGGCUUCUGGGGAAGGAAAGUCCCUUAGAUCACCGUCUUCUCAGCUGUGGACAAAGCCAGGACAGACAGGUGUUGCUGGGCCUGCUUGGUGCCUAUAGGAAGAGUACUGCCAACAGCGGAAGUAGAUUGGACAAGUAACUGAUCUGUUUUCAGAGAGGCCUUAGAAAUGCAAAUACAUACUUGUGUGGGGUUCUGGAAGAGUCCUUUGCUCUGCUCUGCCUGCAGCUCAGUUUCUCCGCCUGGUUGUAAUGAGACAUGUCAGUCUCAGAACAGCACCGGGGGAGGGUUCUGCCCCAUCAGCCCCUCCAGAACCGGGAGCCUCAGUGUCAACAGUCACCUCAGUGUUCGAAGCCAGAGAACUGUUGGGGAGGAGGAUUCUGUACACACACACAGGCCUCAGCUGGGAGGGAAGCAGUGAGCCGAGUUCCAGAGCAGUGAGGGGAGCUGCAGAUCCAGGCGCCCGCUGGGGAUGGUUUCCUGUCCCCCUACCCCCCCACCCCCCCGCGCUUGCCCGUAGUUGUACUGUGGCAUUCGCUCCCCACCCCCACCCCCCGUUUUAGUUGGCCCCACCCCAGUGAUAGUGAUCUAGAGAUGGAGAAAUGGGAGUAGUUAUUUUUCCAGAUUGGAGAGUCGAAGUCCUUUGAGUUCAGCUGUUUCUCCCAGCACUGUUGGAUGCGGUGACAAUGGUAGAGUCCCCUGAACUCAGUUCUCAGUGGCAGAACCUGGAGGCACGUGUUCCCAGAGGAGGAAUGACACCUGCUUCUUCCAGUGCAAACCUGCCCACCUUAAACAGUUCAAAGACUAAUUGUUUAAUAAGUUUAUUUAUGUACAGUAGGUUAGGCAAACUAGGUUAUGUUUAUAUGAAAUUCUGCCCAGUUAGCGAAUCAAAAUCCUGGCAGAGCAGCGUGCCGCUAUUGAUCUCAUAGACGCCACAGCGUGUCCCCCCCAUGUUGGCUUUAGAGGGAGAACAUGAGCUUUAGUAGGGCUUCUCUGCACAUGCACGGUACGGAAAAUCUUCUAUACCUUCUGUAGUGCUUUUCAGGUUGUCCUUUAAAGAGUUUUUGAUUAGACAGUUUUUUUCCCUUGAUAAGCUCUUCCCUCUGGACACACAGGCUUUGUCAAGGUCCAGGCCAGGAACCCGGGUCUCCCAGCUGUGUGCUGAGGGUGGCAGACCCCUCUGUCCCCGGUGUCCAUAAGCACUAGACUUUGUCAUUUUGUUGCUGCAGAUUGAUCGAUCCAGUGGGUACGUUUGCUAAUUAACGUGUCUUUUUCCUUAUUUAAAAGGAGUCCCUCUUGCUGAAAGUAGAUGAUUACUAUCACUAUAGUGUUCUGAAAGUAUUAAGUUUGUGCUGAAACCCAUUGCCAUUUGGUACAAAUGACAUUUGUUCUUUCUGUGAAAGAGCGUUACCCUCGAGUGUGUUUGUACACAGACCCUUACGAUGGUGAGUUAAUGAAGCGUUAGCCUCGCGCUGCUUUCGGUGAUGGGUGGUAUCACGGGGUGAUUGCAAGCUGAUCGGGCUUUUCUAAGUCGUUCUCUAGGCUCCCCUGGUGAAACGGCCUUGGCCCGUCUCCCUCUCUCCAGUUCACCCUGACUUGAGUGUUUGUCUUGAUGCCCAUGUGCUGAAGAAGCUUGUCUGGUUGUGUUGUCGACAUCUGCGUCUCUGGCAGGCAUUAGGAAGUGCACGUGCAGGCCCGGAGCUUGCACACUUAGCCCCCCUGUGUGAGGACUGUGUUUGCUGUGCUUUAAAACCAUCUGCAUAGUUUCCAACUGGAAAAAGAAAAAAGUUCCUAGUGUGAUGUCCUAAAAUGAAAGCUGCUGAUAAUCACUGGGAGAACAGCCAGGAACAACAGCUACGUGACUGGAAAGUGCCUGUGCCCUGUAGGGACUGUGUGUGGCCCUUUCGGACUUCAUUGUUGAAGGUGUGAGCAAGACCUUUUAAAAACAGGUAGAAAGUAAAUGCUUUCUAGUAAAUGCUAGUUGGUGAAAACAAACUCUUCCAGGAAAUUUUAUCAUCUUUUUAAGUUACUGUGGGAAGCCUUGUUUUCCUCUGCUUUAGAACAUGCUGUGUUUAAUGAAACCGGUUAAAAAUGGAGUUUUUGUUUAAAGUAAGUGCUCUUUCCAGGUGAAAACUAGUUUUUUUGGUUUGUUUUGAAGGUAAGAAAGGGAGGGGGUAACUUUGUUGUUUUAAUUUAAUAAUUACAUUCAGUCUAUGAUGAAGUAUUUGAUUAUUAGCAAUGCCACUAACAAUUUUUGAGUUGUCAGAAAUUACUUGUAAACAUCAGUACAGUACUCAGUCACGGCAAAGACAGUUAUCCUAAGAUAAAUGGCUCAUAUUUUGGUGCAGUGUUUGAUGUUCAAAACAAAACGUUACAACAAUAAACAAACGUAAACUGA